AUGGAGGAAUCAUAUUAUGAGAAUUACUGGGACAAGACGACGCUCUCUCUCACAGACAGUCCAGCACCCUCAUCUGCAUCCAGGUUCAGACGGUGGCUGUUUCCUGGUCUGACCGUCGUGGUCCUGCUGAUUCUGAUCAUAGUGAUGGGAAGCACCAACAGGAAGAUGUCAAAUCGUCUGGGGACUUUGGAGCAGAGAGUUUCCAACCUCAGUAACAUCGUCCAAUCACUGAACGCCUCACUGCAUCACAUUCAAGAAACAGCUAAACAAGUUCAGCAGCUCCAGUAUGCUGUUGAGAACAACACGGACCAGCUUAACUCAGUGUCGGAGGCCAUGAAGCAGCUGGCACUCAUCGACACACUCACCAAGAAUAUUGCAGCCAUCAAAUGUUCCCUUGAACACGUCAUCAACAACAGUUCAACUACAGGUGGUUGUUGUCCUCUGGGUUGGACUGUGUUUGAGUCCAACUGUUACUUCUUCAGUGGUGAUUCUCGGUCCUGGAACAAGUCCAGAGACUGGUGUGAAGCACAACAAGCUCACCUGCUCAUUCUGCGCAACGACAAGGAGUGGGACUUUGUGACCCGCAGGAGCAUGCCUCACUUUUACUGGAUCGGUUUGUCUGACUGGAGGACUGGGAGCUGGGAGUGGGUGAACCAGACGCCGUACACAGUGGAGCCCAGGCGGUGGAAACCCGGGCAGCCAGACAACUGGACCGGUCACGGUCUCGGUCACGGAGAUGAAGACUGCGCUCACCUUUAUGAUGAUGGACUCCUGAAUGAUGUGCACUGCUCCACCAAGAUGCAGUUCAUCUGUCAGAAACCUACCAUGAAUGCCUGA